ACAACAAGUAGACUUUUCUUAAUCGGUCCAACACGAAAGGCACACAGAGAAACACAAUAAGUCUGGCAAUGGCGGAAUCUUUGGAUAAAGGUCUUUACUACAGACGAGACAGAAGGAGGUUUGCCUUAAUCUCAUACAUAAUGACAGCAGUUUUUUUGCUGGUUGCCUUUGGAGAAUGGUGCAUUUUUUACUUUUUAAAAUUGGCUACGAACUUUUUUACCCACAAAGCCUGGAUAGCGUCAAUUAUUUUUGUGAUCGGGCUAAUACUGCUCGUUUUGUUCAUCUUCUUUGAAGCCCUGCGGUUCAAUUCGAAAAUCAACUGGUUUUUUGCAGUGCUGAUUUAUGAGUGCGUUGUUCUAGGCGUGAUCCCGCUGGUGAUCCGUCAGACGUUAUUACCCUUUCUGAUCAGCUUUGCUGUUUGGGCCUUUGCUCUAUUAGUCUUUGUUUUGUGCGGCACAUUAAUACCGUUUGACCUGACCCUGAACGUCGUGCUGUUAUUUGUACUCGGUAUGAUGGCCAUUAUCGGCGCUGUGUUCUUCCUGAUGCUUUAUAUCGUUAUUAAUAUCCCGUAUUCCCUCAUUGUCUUUUGUUCCUUCAUUCUCAUGAGUAUUUUUAUGUUUGUCAUGUACCACGCGCAGAUUAUAAACGGAGGACGAUAUGCCGAGAUGCGAACGAAUGACUAUUUUUUAGCAGCUCUUAUGCUGUUCCUAGAUUUUCUACUCAUGUAUCUGUUCUCAUUCCAAAUGGCGCCCAAAUGGUCGGACCAAUGUGAUCAAUGGAAAUGGAUAAAUGGAACAUAUCCCAAUUGCACCACUUCUGACUAUUCUGGCUAUUAAUCAAAAUAAAUACGAGAAAUCGCACCAGCACCACUGCCGCCUAAGACUCCGACAUUGCCCAACACUGGCAC